CGCGGUGCUCGGGCGGACUGCCGCCUCAGUGCCCGCUCGUGCACCUCUUGGGCUGGUUCCGCUGCAGUGACUUCAGAGGCGUCUGAGAGAGUCAGCGUCCUCUUUUUAAGAAGAAUGGUUCUACGAAGGGCCUGGAAGGAGAAGAAAUUGAACGAAUACCUACACCAAAUGUUACUUCACUUUGCAUUAGUUCAAGGCGAGAGUAAAAGUAAACCUUUGGGGUCCUUCACCCGCGGUGGCCACUGUCUUGUCUGAUGAGGUGGUAGCAGGCACCUUUUAUUAAUUCAAGCCAAGGGAGUAAAAGUAAGACCCUGCGACCCUUAACCUGAGAUUACCCGAAUUUUCUUGGCCGCCCACUUUUUCUGAUAGUCGUGAUGUCACAAGGGAAAUCACCUGUCCAAAAAAGACCCCGUAGAAGCUUAUCUACCAACAAAACUACAAAAAGCCCAUCUCCUUCGAUUAUUUCAUAUUUUAACAAUGCCCCACCUGCUAAACUUGCAUGUUCAAUUUGUCAUAAAAUGGUGCCUAGGUACGACCUAAUUCGGCACCUUGAUGAGUCCUGUGCUAACGACGGUGACUUCGUUCAGGUUGAGCCUGCACAAUCUCGUUUAACGAAUCCAACUGUGUCCAGGUCAAAUUUAUCCAGUAUUGCAUUAGAAGACACGACACCUCAGAAGUUGUCACCACCAAAGAGAAGUUUAAUCCCUGCCCGAUGUGGUUCGAAACUGGGCACCCAACAGCAGACCAGUCCCUACUUCAAAGAUGCUCCGGUGUGCAAAAAUCAAAGUGGGCUUCAAAGUCAGAGUGUGGAAAUUGCGUCUUUGGGGAGUCUGUCGUCUAAAUUGUCCAGCAAGUACCUAAACGUUAAAAAAUCACAGCAUGAGAAGGAGGGACUAGCCAGUAAUUGUCCACGGCAUUCUCUGUCCACAACCGCCACCAGCCUUCUUGUUAACUGUUCUGAGGUGGAGGACAAAGAUGAGAUGUUGAGCGGUUCUCAAAAGGAAAACCGUUUUUCUUGUGCAUCUCUAGAGGAAGAGGAUGCUUCUGAACAGAUAGUAGAGAGCCGUAAAAUAAUAGGAGAAAUAGGAGAUGAAAGCCAAAAAGCACCCUGCGGGGAGUCAGCCAGCACGCCCGCAUCUUUGGAUCACGGGCCCACAUUAUUUUCAUUAGAUUUAAUUUUUGAAAAUAACCGAAAGUCGGCUUCAGGAGACAGUGUUGUGAAGCGAGAAGAUGCCAGAGGGGUAAGUGGUGGGGGUGCCGCACAGCUUGAGGCUUGCAGCCACGAAGAGGCUGAAGUGACUGUUGAGAUUCCCACGCCAGCGUCUGCUAAUGAGGUGGACUCAAACAUCCCCAGGGAUACUUCUCCAGGGAACAACAGCCAGGAGCUUAGGGAAGGUGGGAGUGCCUUAAAGCGACAAAUUCUGCAGGAGGGAUCCAGUUGUGAUGAUCCCAGGGAGACUGCUCAACCCCCACCGAGCCACCCCUACUACCUGCGGAGCUUCUUGGUGGUGCUGCAGGCCAUCUGGGAGAAUGAAGAGGACAUGAGGCUCUUUGAUGACCAGGAGAAGGGGAUCAUAACCAAGUUUUACCAGCUGUCAGCUAGUGGUCAGAAGUUGUAUGUAAGGCUCUUUCAGCGUAAACUAACGUGGAUUAAGAUGAGUAAACUGGAGUAUGACGAGAUCGCCUCAGACUUAACGCCUGUGGUUGAGGAACUAAAGGACUCGGGCUUUCUACAGACAGAAUCUGAGUUGCAAGAACUCUCUGAUGUACUUGAACUCCUUUCUGCUCCUGAACUGAAAGCCCUGGCCAAAACCUUCCACUUGGUGAGUCCCGCUGGGCAGAAGCAGCAGCUGGUCGAUGCCCUUCUCAAACUGGCCAGACAGCGCUCAGUCUGCACUUGGGGCAAGACCCAGUCUGGAGUCAGAGCAGCGAUUUUAAAAAGAGCUAAAGACUUGGCUGGACGCUCCUUGCGAGUCUGUAAAGGCCCCAGGGCUGUGUUCUCCCGCAUCUUGCUGCUGUUUUCGUUGACUGAUUCCAUGGAAGAUGAAGACGCUGCCUGUGGGGGUCAAGGUCAGCUUUCUACGGUGCUGUUGGUCAACCUGGGCCGAAUGGAAUUCCCUCGCUAUACAGUCAGUCGGAAGACCCAGAUCUUCAGGGACAGAGAGGACCUCAUCAGAUACGCAGCUGCGGCACACAUGCUGAGUGACAUUUCGGCUGCCAUGGCCAGUGGGAACUGGGAAGAAGCUAAGGAGCUUUCUCGGAGUGCAAAAAGGGACUGGGACCAACUGAAGAGCCAUCCGUCCCUCAGACACCACGAGGCCUUGCCACUCUUUCUGCGCUGCUUUACCGUUGGGUGGAUUUACACAAGGAUUUUCUCUCGGGCUGUUGAAAUACUGGAGCGACUUCGCAAGUACGAGGAAGCGGUGGAGGAACUGGAAAAUCUCCUGUCUCAGAAAAUCUACUGUCCUGACAGCAGAGGGCGCUGGUGGGAUCGCCUGGCUCUGAACUUGCACCAGCACCUGAAGCGCCCGGAAGCGGCAAUUAGAUGCAUCAGCGAAGGCCUGGCAGACCCAGAAGUGAGGACAGGACACCGGCUGUCACUCUACCAGCGAGCUGUGCGCCUGAGAGAAUCUCCAAGCUGCAAAAAAUACAAGCACCUCCUCAGCCAGCUGCCAGAAAUUGCUGUAGAAGAUGUUAAGCAUGUGACCAUCACAGGCAGGCUGUGCCCUCAGCAUGGGAUGGGCAAGUCUGUGUUUGUCAUCGAGACUGGAGACACCACCAACCCCACCACAAUCCUAUGCUCUGUGGAGGAGCUGGCCCUGGACUACUAUAGGCGAAACGGCUUUGACCAGGGGAUCCAUGGGGAAGGAUCCACCUUCAGCACCCUGUGUGGCCUCCUGCUAUGGGAUAUCAUCUUCAUGGACGGGAUACCAGAUGUCUUCAGAAACGCCUAUCAGGCAUCCCCACUGGAUUUGUGCACAGACAGCUUCUUCUCGAGCAGGAAGCAGGCCCUGGAAGCCAGGCUGCAGCUGAUCCACAGCGCCCCUGCUGCGAGCCUGCAGGCCUUGGUGACAGAGGCGUGGCAGGCCCAGCAAGGCAGAGUGACUGCCCUGGUCAGCUGGGACCGCUUCUCUUCCCUUCAGCAAGCUCAGGAUCUUGUCUCCUGCCUUGGGGGUCCUGUUCUCAGUGGUGUGUGCAGGCGUCUGGCUGCUGACUUCCGACACUGCCGAGGGGGCCUCCCUGACUUGGUGGUGUGGAAUUCUCAGAGCCAUCACUACAAGCUGGUGGAGGUUAAAGGCCCCAGUGAUCGGCUUUCAUGUAAGCAGAUGAUCUGGCUGGAUGAACUACAGAAGCUGGGGGCAGAAGUGGAAGUCUGCCACGUGGUUGCAGUCGGUGCUAAGAGCAAAGGUCUUGGCUGAAGAAUGUCGCAUUGGGGAUAUCUGGCCAUCCACUGGGACAAGAUCUUCAAGAGGAUAAAGCUGUUGGCGCUGUUUCCACUUUGAUUUUUCUGACACCUGAGAUCAGAAUGUACAAUGAGAUCCUUGUAUAGUAUCUGUAUGUCACAAAGCUUGCCAUCCGCUGGGAAAUAUCGGAUCCACGGUGAGUGGACUGUAGGAGCUGCAAGCUUCCGUAUUAUUAGGCUAAAAAAGUCAAGAGAAAAAAUGAACAUGAUGAACCUUUGAGGUUUUUUUUUUUUAACACAAGUAUUAUUUCUCCAUUAAAUACACUGGAAAUGGAGAUUCCUGAAUGUCGGUUUGUCUCAUGAUUACCCAAGAAGGGCAGAAACCAUAGAAAUUCUGAUUUCCUUAGGGCAGGAAAAGCAACCAGAAAUAAAUUCUUUAUUUCGAAGAGGAGGAACCCAGAGAAUUUCAGUUGUGGUGUCAUGAUGCGUGUCAAGCUUCAAGCUUUUGGAUUAUGUGUGAGAAAAAACAUGUGCCAAGAUGUUAGGGAAGACAGUGCUCUCCUCGAUUGCUCCCACUUUGUCAAAAGUUGGUCUAGAACCUCCCAUUCCGCUCCCACAGUUCACUACAAGGUGGAUCACAUCAUCAAGGCAACAGACAUACCCGAUGUGGGUGUCCUUCUGUAU